AUGUUUGGCAGCUCAGAUAUCGAUGGCGCUGCUUCGCAAACAUCAGAAGACGAGCGGGGAGGGAACAACAUACAAGUGAAGGCCAAACUUGCGUCUCGCAAGCGCAGACGUGAGGCGGAGGAUGACGUGGGUGUAACAGUCAUAAAGACAAAAAGAAGACGGCGCAAUAGCCCAGAGGAUGAUGAGCUACGGCUCCCGAAGAGCAAACGGAGGACGAAUGUUGAACAUCAAUCUUCCACAGGCGAAGAGGGAGAUGAUAACAAAGCAGCCACAGUCCAGGUCACACCUGUGCGAAGAACCCGCAGGAUAGCCAAACGUCAAUCUGCCUCAGAGCAAGAAGCGUCUCCUCCACGAAGCAAAAGACGGAGGAUUGCGAGACGGCGUGCGACACCGUCUGACGAAUCAGAGAAAAGCCAGGAGAGUGAAGAUUCGGAUGGGGAGAACGUUGACGGCGCCGAAAGCGACGGGGAAGACGAGGAGGACGAGGAUCUCAAGGAAGAUCUGGCCUUCCUUCGUUCAUCCCCACUGCCAGACCGUGGCAAACUGAGGAGUACGCACGAGAAACCGAAAAGCGAACGACAAAAGGCACUAGAAGCGCUCAAGAAGCGACGGGCUGGCACUAAUGAGCCUUCGUCGUCUGCUACACCUGCUCGUACCCGCAGAGUUGUCAUAGAAUCGGACUUGGACACGGAAUCAGAUCUUGAGAUCAUAAAAGAGGAGCCGGAAAGUGAGGAAGAACUUAACGGCAAUGAGGACGAAGAAGAGGAGGAGCCAGGGUCUGACCGUGAUGCCAAUGCUCUAGACAUGUUCCUCGAAGACGAGGAGGACGAGGCAUUCAUCGACAACGACCCGGAUGCGAUGAUUGGUGAACCAAUCCUUGCUCCUAAUGACUUCAUGCCUCUUAUACUCAGUCGGUUGUCUAGUUCGAAACCUCGAGAACUAUUCAAGUAUGCCAUUGAGUGGAUGGUGAUGAAGAAGAUACACCCAGGUUUCGAAUCGAAAAGCGAAGUCUACGACAUCACGUUUCGCAAGCUUGAUGAUGAAGUCAAAGGUCUUGCUAAUUCUAAGUUUUCUUCCUCGGCUUGGACUUCUGACUUUACACGAGUGCUCCGAGCAAGGCCUGACUUGAUGAUUACGGAGAUCUCAAGAAGCAGGAAAGAUAUCAUGGACGCACACUGCGAGGCAUGCAAUCGAAGAAAUCACCCUGCUAGCGACGAGUUGAUGUUUACUGGAAAGCCAUACAACAAAGAUACACUGGAGCCACUUGACAACGACUCCGACUCUGAUUCAAACGAUGAAAAUGACUCCGACGAUGACGAUGACUCCGAACUGUCAGCUGAUUCGGAAGUCGAGUUGAAUGGUGAGAAGCCAACGUACGAUGCUCAAGGCGCACGUCUCCCGCCGGAGAGUAAAGCGUUUACCGUCGGUUCGACAUGUAAGUCGAAUGCGCAAGUCGCACAUACACUCCAUCACUGGCGCUAUCACCUCUAUAGCUGGGUCAAAGACUAUCUUGUGCGUGAAGGCUAUCUGACAGCUGAGAAGCUCGUAAAAAGAGAUGGCUGGAGCGACAAGAAGAGGGAGAAGGCAGCUCUGAAGAUAGUCAAGCAUAUGGAAUCUGCAGGAGAGGUGAUGAAGCUUUACAAAUUAUACAAAGACCAAAUGACGUAUGCUGCCGAGUAUCGACAUGAUCAGAAUCGGAGCUACAGGGGUCGUGGUUGA